AUGAAUCCCAACUAUUACACUUUACGUUACCUCAAAGAACCGGAAAAUAAUUUCUUUCCAAACACUCAACUUUCUGAUAGUUUAACUAAGACAGAGCACGAUGCAAAUUUCCGCAAACUUGUGCUCCACGCUCGUUAUUUUCAUAAAAAAAUUUUAUGGGAGGAAGUUUUAAUAUUGGAACGAUUGUUUUAUAAAAAUAAAAACCAACACCAAAAGUCUCUUUACUUUCGUAGAGUAACUGAAACUCGGCGUAUCUUACAAAGACUGAAAGAACUUAACCUUGGGCAGCUACUGACCGAUCUUGUUCGCUUGUUUUAUGGUCAGAAAAGUAAUAAAAAAGCAAAAGGACAAUGGGAAUUUAUACCAUCACGAGAGAGAAUAUUUUAUGUACUCGAUCGAUUGGCAGGAGGUGCAAUGCUUAUGAAUAAAGCUUUAAAUUCAUAUUUUGAUACAUUUUGUGAAUUUCAUAAUCUUUUAUCAAGAAUGGAAUUUAUGACUUUAUCAUUGGCGAUGUUAUCGUUACUGGCACGAUUAUACAUUCUAACACGUGCUUGGCUAGAUGAAACCAAGGAAUGUUUUAAUUUAUUGAGGGAUUGGACAGUUUGUUUUCCGGUAUUAUCAAAUGUUCCAAAAGAUUUAGAAUUGUAUGGUAGUAUGAAUCUUCCAUAUGCGUCGGGUCCUUUAGAAAUUAAAGGUUUAUUAAUAACGAGAGAUACGCAAACUAAUAAUAGUGUUAGUAACAGCUUAACUGCUUUUGAAACAAUGAUUAACGAAUUGAACGCUUCAUCAAUAAUGGAAGGUGAAAUUGAUGAAAAAGACAAUAAUCAUGUCCCAGAAAAAGCAAUUAACGAUGCAGAAACAUUGAAAGAAAUAUUAAACUCACCAUCACCAAUAAAUUUUAAUGACUCUUUGAAUUCGACCAGCAAAGAGUCACUAAUUUUAAAUAAAACUGGUAUUGAUACCGAGGAUGUAUCUGGAUUUUCAACAUCUAAUCCAAAAAUAUUAUUGGCAACUGACGAUCUAUCAAAUAAAUCUCAACCUUUACCACAAAAAUUUACCGAAAAAAAGAAACGACGAAAAAAUAGGUCCAUUCCCAAAAAUGCCGGCAAAAAACAUGAUGAUGACGCAUAUGACAUUAAUAAUUUCAUUCAUAUUAUUGUUCAAGAUGAGACUAAAGGGAUUCAGCAAAUUCAAUCCGAAACUAAUAAAUCUAAAAAAAGAAGAAAGAACAAGGAAGAACAUCAUCAUGAUGACGACACAACCUCGCUUAGACAGUUUUUGAAGAAAACGAAAAUAAAAUAA